AACUGUACAACAUUAUGUUAUGAAUUAUGAUUAAAAUAUAAUUUUAUAAAAGUUAAUAAAUUUAAAAUAUUUAAUGAUUUAAGUGUUAAGUUUGUUAUUUGAAAUUAAUUAUAAAACAUGAGUAAUAUAUCACCAUUUGGGGCAAAAAACCCACCAUGGGCCAGAGGUACAAAUAAUACAACUGGAGCAAUGGUCAAUCAAGCGAAUACUUUACAACAACAGCUACUAACACAAAAUGCAUUGGGUCAAAUGGGCGCCACGGGAAUGGUUCAAUAUCAACAGCCGCAAGUUUUUCAAACCCAACUUGGUAUGCAACAACAAAAUUUAGGCUUAGGUAUAUCCCAAUUAGGUAAUGCUGCUAUAUCAAUGGCCGGUGGAAUGGGAUCUCAAAUAACAAAUCAAAUAUUUUCACAAGUGGGAGCAGUUACGUAUCCUACGCCAAGAUCAUUGAAUCCAAAUACUUUCCAAACUAAUAACAUGACACAGGAUGCUAACAUGCAAGGAGGCAAUAAUAGCUCUAAGCAACGAGUUUUUACUGGCACAGUUACAAAAGUUCAUGAUAAUUUUGGAUUCGUCGAUGAAGAUGUAUUUUUCCAAACUAGUGUUUGUGCCAAUGGUUCGAAUCCAUCUGUCGGAGAUCGAGUUUUGGUUGAAGCUUCAUUUAAUGCCAACAUGCCAUUUAAAUGGAAUGCUACACGUAUUCAAGUUUUACCUACAACGGGACAAGUUACAUCGCGACAUACGUCUAGUCAUAACUCAAAAGGUUUUUCAUCUAACAAUUCAUAUAACGCAGUCCCUCCACCAAAUGAAAAUUCAAACAGUAGUUACGGAAGUGCCUCUAGAGCUUCACAAAGACCAAAAACGCUUGGGGGACGUGGUAGAUCUCGAGAACGAUCUAGAGAUGAUGAAGAUAUUGAUCGUAACAAACGGCGAAGAGAUGAUCGAGUUCGUGAUCGUGAGGAAAAAGAAAAGCGAGUUUCCCCGCCAAGACGACGAUCUCGAUCUCCAAAGCGAACUAGGCGACCUGUUAUUGUACCACGAUAUAUGGUUCAUAUACCAAAAAUCGCAUUAGAUUUAUUUAGUGCUGAUUAUUUGGAAAUACGUCGUAGAUAUGCCAAUUUGUAUGUUCCAUCGGAUUUUUUUUCAAGUCAUUUUCGUUGGGUUGACGCUUUUCCACCUAAUGCUCCAUUUACAUUGAAUAAGCCUUGUUCAUUUCAUAUUAUGUACAAGGAUGUGGAUCCCGUAACAGAAAAUAAUGCUGUAUUAGAACCACCAGAUGCAGACUACUUAUUUUCUGCUAAGGUUAUGUUGUUAAGUAUGCCAACAAUGAAUGAAGUGUAUCAGAAAUGUUGCUCGAUGGCUGAAGAUAAAGAAAAACGAGAUCGUGACAGUGAAGAACGAGACUUUAUUCAUCCAACACGAUUAUUCAAUUUUCUGGUAGGUUUACGUGGAAAAAACGAAACAAUGGCAAUUGGUGGACCGUGGAGUCCAUCAUUAGAUGGAACUGAUCCUGAAAAAAAUCCAACUGUGUUAAUAAACACUGCGAUUCGAACUUGUCGUGCUUUAACUGGAAUCGAUUUAUCUGUUUGUACCCAAUGGUACCGUUUUGUGGAGCUGUACUACCGGCGUGGAGAAAGUUUGCACAAGGGCAAAGUGAUACCAGCCCGAGUUGAAACAGUGGUCCUAUUUCUCCCAGAUGUUUGGAGCUGUGUGCCGACUCGCAUCGAGUGGGACAGCCUCCAUCAUAGCUACAAAAAGAAAUUGGAGCAGAAACUAUGUCCAGCUGAACAACAAGAUAUUGCUGAAAGCGGCAGUGCAACUACGGCAGAUGAAAAGGAUGAUGAAGAUGUUUCAACUGAAGAAAAAUUACAGCCAACUCAUUAUUCUGAGUUAGAUGUAAAAACAAUGAAUGUUACGGAUUUACGAAACGAAUUAAAAGCACGAAAUUUAAAUUCAAAAGGUUUAAAGUCACAAUUAGCUGCUAGAUUAUCAAAGGUAUUGAAAACUGAGGCAGCUGAAAAGAAUGAUGUUGAAGAUUUGGAUGGGGAUGUAGUUGAUACGACGGAAAUAAUAAAAGAAGAAAUCACACCUGUACCGAAUGAAAAAGAUGAGAAAAAAUCAAAGGAAGAUGAAAAAAUUGACGAAAAAGAAAAAGCCAUUCUGGAAAAACGUUACAGCUUACCUGAAGCACCACAUAUCAUAGUACAUCCAUCACGAACAGCAAAAUCAGGGAAAUUUGAUUGUACAGUUAUGUCGUUAUCCUUACUUUUAGAUUAUCGCCCUGAAGAUACAAAAGAACAUUCAUUUGAAGUAUCGCUAUUCGCUGAAUUAUUUAACGAAAUGUUAAUGCGUGAUUUUGGUUUUUAUAUUUAUAAAGCUUUACGUCAAGUACCUGAAAAGCCUAAAGAAGAAAAAGAUGAUAAAAAGAAGAAAGAUGAUGAAAAAGAUAAGAAAAAAGAAGAAAAAAAGUCAUCUAAAGAUGAAAAAGAUAAAAAAGAUGAGAAAGAGAAGAAAGACGAAAAAAAAUCAUCAAAAAAAGAUGAUGAUGAUGAGGAUGACGAAGAUGAAGAUGAUGAUCGAAGAGAUCGUAGUAAACGUUCAACAGAUCGUGAUCGUGAAAAACGUUCUAAAAAAGAUCGUCCAAAAUUGAUUACUGUUGAUCCACAUUUAUUAUUAUCUUUUGUUUAUUUUGAUCAAACUCAUUGUGGAUACAUUUUUGAAAAGGAUAUUGAAGAUUUAUUAUUUACUUUAGGCUUACAAUUGUCACGUGCACAAGUACGAAAAAUUGUCUCAAAAGUGAUUACACGCGAUUCUUUACAUUAUCGAAAAUUAACUGAUAAAUGUAAAGAUGAUAAAGAUAUUAUUACAAACACUGAUAGUACAAAAAAUGAUAAUAACGAUUGUGAUACUUUAGCGCUGGGUAACAAAGGUUUAUUGCCGAUUUUUCAAUCUCCAACACUUGCUUCGAAUUCAGAGACAGAAAGUAGUAAAAAUGAUGCUGAAGAAAAUAAAACGGUUGAUAAACCCGCUGAAGGUUUUGUAAUGUAUCAAGGAAGCCUGUUAAAUGUUGAAAAAUUAAUGUGUCAACUUAAACGGAUUGAUAAAGCAUGUACAGAAACUGAAGAUCGAUUAGUAGAAUUAAAAAAUGAAAAUAAAAAAUUACUUGAUAAAAAUUCACGGGCAAAUAGUACCAUUAAAGAUUUAACAGCCGAUUUAAAAGAGUAUAAAGAAAAACUCCACACUUCUAAUUCAUCUCUAGAACGAACAAUGGCAUGUUCAAAACUGUUCCAUUCAACGCUAAAAGAUAUCAAAAAACUAAUCGAACCAGUUUUAAAUCAUAAAUUAUAUACAGAAUCAUCGUCUUCAUCUGAUAGUAAAAAUAGUCAUGAAACACGGUGGAGUGAACCAGAAGAACGAAAUUCUUCAAGUAGUAAAAAUACAAUUAAACAAGAGAAAUCAACAACGGCAACAACGGAAACAAAAAAAGUUGAAGUAAAGGAGGAAAAAAUGGAAGUUGACAAAAACAAUGAUAAAGAAUCGGUUUGAUUAUUAUUAAUAAUUUAUGCCCUUAAUAGAAUUGUAUGAUUAUUUUUUAAGAUGAAAUAAAAUUAAUUGAUGAACCAA